AUGAGCGUUCGAUUCGCGAAUUCGACACCGCAGUACGACGAGACAGUGAUGGGAGACAACACAGGCCCUCUUUCAGUGGCGUUCCCCAAUUCGCCAUCCGUGUACGGGACUUUCGCAGCGGAGGGCAUGAAACAGAUCAACCUGUCAGUCAUCGACGGGUUCCAGAGUGGAGAUCUGCUUGGCUCGUCCUACAACAUGUUCACAAUUGACAGCGGUACAAUGCUUAGAUCGUCCUCUGAGACUUCUUUCAUGCGACAGGCAUUGCAAUUUGAUGCUUACCAUGUCUAUCACCUUACUCUCGCCAAGAAGGUUCUGUUUGAUUCCACCAAGAAGGCAAGGGGUGUGCUGGUCGACACUCAGGGGUUUCAGUACAUUCUGAACGCAAACAAAGAGGUCAUAAUUUCAGCAGGUGCUUUUGCGUCUCCUCAGAUCUUACAGGCAUCUGGAAUCGGCCCUGCCGAGAUCUUGUCUCCGUUGGGCAUCGAUAUUAUUGCCAACAGACCAGGUGUCGGUCAGGGAAUGCAAGACCACGUUUGGGUCACGCUUGCAUAUCCCAUCAAUGCCCAGACCAGCUCUUCAUUACGAUAUCCAUCAUUCCUGUACGGCCAGCAAGCCCUAUUCAACGAAUAUCCCGCUACUGGAAUCUACUCAAGUCCCAACUGCGACGUUCUAGGUUGGGAGAAAGUACCCAAGGAUCUUAGAGCAAGUUGGAGCAACGCGACCAACGGCCUUCUCCAAGCCUUCCCAGAGGACUGGCCGGAGCUCGAAUACAUGACGGUCAACUCGUAUGUCAACGAGCAAGAGAUCUACAAGCUCAUGGACCCAUUCGACGGCACGAAUUACGCAUCGGUGGGAGUGAUCCUCGCCUCGCCCGUCUCGCGGGGAAGAGUCACAAUCACCUCUGCCGACACCAGCGUCCACCCAUCCAUAAACCCAGGGUGGCUGACCAGCCAGGCAGACAUGGAUGUGAUGGUAGCUGGCGUCAAGCGGGCACGAGAGUUCUGGGGCACCUCAGCCUUGCAGAGCCUCGUCACUGGCAAGGAGAAAUUCCCGGGUGCCGAGAUAUCUACCGACUCCGAGAUCGAAACCUUCAUUCGCAGUGCGUUCAACACCAUCUGGCACGCCGCCUGCACGUGUGCUAUGGGCAAGAUUGACGACCCUAACGCGGUUGUGGACUCGAGUGCAAGAGUAAUAGGAGUCAUGCUUUUAAUAAAAGUUUGA